GUUUGGUUCUGAGUGACAAUGGUUGUUCCUCCUCUUUUGUUUAUUUUAAUUUUAAGUUUUCAACAAUUUCAGUUUCUUAACGGUGCGAUAAAAAUUUAUCUUCCGGAUUCCGAUAUUUACAAUCCACGUAACUGGGAGAAAAAGGAUGAAAAAUGUGAGGGUAUAAUUUUUGGUGACAUAAAUGAAAUUUCAAUCGAUGUUGGCAAUUUAUUUACUUCAAAAUUGGUGCUUCCCACUCAUGGACAAAUUGAGUUCAACAAAAUCACUUUUGGGAAAAAAUCUGAAUGUAUUCAUUUGAAGUCGUUCGUAAAACACAGCUCAAAUGAUCCCAACUGCUAUGAAAUUCAAAAUGAGACUACAAAUGUGGCAAUUCCUCACACUGAAAGAGUUCCAUGUUAUUAUGAUUCCGUUCUUUACAAACGCAACAGCGACUAUAGUCCCGGAUGGUUUGGCCACUCCACUGAAAAAGGCUAUGGAAUGAUGUUAUGGGUCAAUUCCCAAUCGUGUGAAGAUGAAACAGGUUGUUUAUGUGGAAACGAAGAAGCGGAUGUUUGUAUGUUCGUCGACGACGAAACAAAUCUCAAUUGUUUAAAUCCCAUUGUUCCUAUAGGUUUUUGCUCUCAUAUCUGCGGAGCUCAAAUAUUGUUAAGGCAGAAAGGAAAUUUCAAUUUAAAAAGAGUGGAAAAAGCAUUGAAAAAUUACAAAGACAUUGAUACACACGUGAGCAAAGUUAUAAAUCAUGGACAAGUAUACAUCCAAGCGGUUUUCGCUGAGAAAUCAUUCACUGGUUCCAGUUUACUCAGCGCUAAACAAUUUUAUGAUAAACUUUCAGAAAGUAAUUAUGGCGUGGAAAGGAUCGAAUUGAAAUUGUCUGGAUCGUAUUAUGUUAAAGGACAAGCUGGUAGUACUGUAAACUUGGUUUUCGGUACAUUGGGCGGUGUUUUAUUGCUUUUCGGCGCCAUCAUUGCUUUUUAUCACACCGGACUAGCUGAGAGUGACAUAUUUAAAAGAAUUAGUUUGAGUACCAAUCAAAUGCCAAGGCUGAACGAGUUUUUCUCAGGAGCUCGAUACAACAGACAAGGAAGCAACAUAAGUCUUGGAUCGUCUGUUUCAAGUUUAGAAAAGUCUUUUGACAAUCCCAUGUUUGGAAAAACUGAUUAUGGAACUACUGCACAAGAAAAUCCAGCAUCCACAUCGGAAAUUACACAUGAAAAUCCCAUGUAUGAAGCUAGUGAAAAAACACAGAAAUUACAAGGUAUUCUGGAGGAAGAACAAAUUGAAGACCUGUAAAUUAAAAAAAAAAAAACUAUUUUAAAUUAAUGAGAUAACUAAAAAUGAAAUAUAAGUGUAUCCUAAAUAUAUAUUUUU